GGCAAGUUGUUGCUGCAUAAUAUUGACAACAACACAGAUCAUAUGUUCUAUUUACAAGGGUUAGGACAAAAACCACUUGCUUUAGAUCAUAUCGAAAUGGAAUGUUUAGCUGGAGAAAAAUGUUCCUAUGAUAUUAAAGUGCCGAAUGUGACAUUCAAUAAGAUGGUUUACAGGGCUGUAUCUGAUAUGGCUAUUAUUAGUGGACCACCUGUUCUAACUGUAUUACCUGGACAAGAAGAAGAGUAUACCAUUACCGCAGCACCUUGGAAACGAGGGACUUUCAAAGGCAUCAUAUCAUUCAUCGCUGGUGGACUUUCAAAUUUUGAGGAAGAUAGUGAUGGUGAGGAAGCUAAAGAUCAAAAUAAGCGACCAGAGAGUGGCAGAUCUGCUCAAUCCAAUGCUAGUAAGUCUAGCAUUUCAUCGGUGUCAAAAGCCAAGUCUUCUCAAGAUAAGGUACAAUCCAAGCAAGGAUACAGAGUUUGGUAUUCAAUAGGUGUUACAUCUCAUCCACCUAAACCUGAAAAAACUCUAGAAAUCACAUGUGCUGCCCAGGUAAGUCUAUGUUUGUUGAUAUCUCACAACAACUGAUCUCACA